AGAGUUAAAUUUACUCAAGCAUCAUGAAGACCAUCGCAGUUCUCCUCUCCGUCGUCGCCGCUGCUGUGGCCCUUGAGCCUUGCUUCUGUACCUUCGACUACAGGCCAGUCUGUGGAUCUGAUGGUCGUACCUAUGGAAACUUGUGCGGUUUGAAGUGCCGACAGCGCGAAGAUUCUGCGCUCACUUUAGCCUACCACGGAGAAUGCAAAAUUGAAAAGAGAUCCGCAGAACCAUGCAAAUGCACCAAGGAAUACAAUCCAGUUUGCGGUACCGACGCAGUUACUUACGAUAACUUAUGCUUGUUGAAAUGCGCCCGUGAAACCGACGCCUCUGUAUACUUGCUGUACGAAGGUGCUUGCAAGAAGAACCAGAAGCCAGUGGAAAUCUGCACUAUGGAGUACUUCCCAAUCUGCGGCUCCGACGGACGUACCUAUGGCAACAAAUGCGAAUUCGACUUCAACAGGCGCACCAAGAAAGACCUCUACAUCGUCAAAUACGGAGAAUGUUAAAUUGUUUAUCCCAAAUAUAAUUUUAAUCUGAAUAAAUGAAAAAUUGAACAAA